AGUUUAGGCCCCGCCCACCUGUUUGUGGAAGCAGGAAGUCGAAGUGACCGAAACCCGUGAUUAGAUCAUGAAAACGCGUCGCAGCGCAGACAAGCGAAGUUAGUUCACGUCCUGUCCGCGGAGAGAAGCGUCCGGAGCCGAAGAAUCGACCCGGGUUCGGCCUCUGCUGCGUCUCCAGCCCGCAUCGACCUCUGACAGGCAGCCGGCUGUUAGCUCCCCCUGUUAGCCCCCUGUGUGCUAACGGUCUCUCCCAGCUGCUCCGGUUUCAUCAUGGGCUCCAGAGCGUCAACGCUACUCCGGGAGGAGGAGAUCGAGGAGAUCAAGAAGGAGACGGGCUUCUCUCACAGUCAGAUAACUCGCCUGUACAGCCGCUUCACCAGUCUGGAUAAAGGGGAAAAUGGCACCCUCAGUCGAGAGGAUUUCCAGAGGAUCCCGGAGUUGGCCAUCAACCCUCUGGGAGACAGAAUCAUCAAUGCGUUUUUUCCUGAGGGAGAGGACCAGGUGAACUUCCGGGGCUUCAUGCGAACCUUAGCUCACUUCCGACCAAUAGAGGACAACGAGAAGAACAAGCCAGUCAGCGAGCCGCUCAACAGCAGGACAAACAAGCUGCUCUUUGCUUUCCGUCUGUAUGACCUCGACAGAGAUGACAAAAUCUCCCGGGAUGAGCUGCUGCAGGUCCUGAGGAUGAUGGUUGGUGUAAACAUUUCAGAUGAGCAGCUCGGCAGCAUUGCCGAUAGGACCAUACAGGAGGCCGACACAAACGGAGAUAACUCCAUCUCCUUCAAUGAAUUCAUCAAGGUCUUGGAGAAGGUGGACGUGGAACAGAAGAUGAGCAUCCGCUUCCUGCACUAAGCUUCAUUUCCAUCUUCAUUUUGAGUGGAGCUUCGACGGGCCAGUUGAUGUCAGGACACAACCUCCUCCAGCGUGUCUGCAGGCUGCAGCAGCAUUUACACUGAGUUCCCCCCCGGUCAGACCAAGCGUUAGGUAGAGCGUGUCAUAGAUGUUGAGUUUCUGCCUCUGCACUGCUCUGUAAACAAAGGGAAACGUGCCUUGGGUUGUUUUAUGCAAUGUCACUUAGGGGUGUUACGAUACACAGGUAUUUGACACGUCACUAAAAGAUGUAAUGAUAACAAACUAAUAAAAACUCUUAUGAUAGCAUUGUAUAAAUGAACAAAUCAAAUCACUUUAUUUUCUCAGUGACUCUCUGGUUCACACUCCAACCAAGUAUGUAUUAAUAUUUUGUAUUUUGAGUUAAAUCCAUUUGCCAAAAAGAAAAAACACACUAAACUAAAUGGUAGAUGAAUUAUUACUGAUGGCCUUUUUAUUUCAGAUUUUCCAUUGAUUUUGCCAUUUUAUCAAUAGCGUGAAUUAUUUUGGUGACAAUUCCUCACAGUGAAAAUCUGAUUUCAUGACAGCCCUAAAGUCUGUGUAUUAUUUCUUCUUUUGUCUUUAAUGGAUUAUUAUUUAUAAGAGACCUUUUCAGAAUCAGUUGGUACCUCUGCUAUUCUAUAUGUAUUCAUGCUGUUCUAUGGAUAUUCAGUAGAUGCUCUGUCUUUGUCUGUACAACAUGGUUCAAAGGUAAACAUGUCAGACGUUGGAUUCCACUUCAGAACAGAUUGUGUUUUUGACUCUAACUUGAUCUUAUGACUCCUUUUCUCUGACUUGUGACAGACCACGUUGGAGCAGCCGGCUCUUGGUUUGUCCCUCAAAGCAGAACCUGCUGUUAUACUCAGUGAAGUGCCAUGGCUUUGUUUGUCCUUUCUAACUUAUUUUGUCAACACUAAACAGGAACCCACGGCCAUGUUUGUGUGUUUUUCCUUUCCCUUCAGGGGUUAAUUUAGUUACUUUCAAUAACUUGUAAUGUUUCAAUUGAGUAAAAUCAAAGUUUUUAUCUUCUGUUUUAAAUCCGUUAACAAACUGGAGCCACAGCUGAGUCCUAUCUCACGAUGUUAAAGAAAGUGACCCACGUAACAUCCUUCCACCAGGUUUCGUGGAAAUCUUUCACUUGUUUUUGUGUAAACAAACAAACGUCCUUGGUGGAGGUAAAAAUUGUUGAAAGUAAAAACUGCUAGUGUGGCCUGAUUUCAAAAUGUUUUCUUGCUGAGCCUUAGUUCCCUGUCUAACAGUGUCAUGUCCUGUACGCCAUAGAACGUGCUUCUGUUUAUAUGAUGUGUCUCACUGUUGAUUUAUGCACCGCUCAACAUUUGUCAUGUGAAUACACAGAAUCCGAUGCAAUAGUGUGUGUUGUCUGCACAGGCGAGUGUACGUGAAAAGCAGUGGAACGUGUGAUGAAUGUGAGUUUGUUGAAUCAUUACCAGAACACCCUCCAGCAGAGGAGCGCAGGAAACACAGCUCAACCGUGUUAUUAAUCAUUAUGUGAUGCUAGUCUACGUGUUCACGAUGAAACAUGAAUUUGAUUUGAAUAAAUUAAGUGCCAUGCUU